GUUAUAUUUGCUACGGUACGCAUUGAAGAGGACCGUGGAAGAUCUUUGGUUGCUUCUUUGGACUUUUGGUGUCGCUUUUGACAUGGUGACAUGGUAGCUGGUAGCACAUGUUCGCAACAGCACGGUUUCUACAUGUAGAAUAGAGUCGUCGCUGCAUGACGAAGGUGGACUUGCAGCAUGUGCGGACGACGCAAGAAUAACAAAGAAGAUGAUGUGGAGCCAUAUCAUGAUCAACGAGGUGAAGAAGGGCUUGGAGGAUAUUGGCUCAGUCUGAAAGAAGCCCAGGAACGGUGCGUGGGAAAGGAACCAUGGUGGGCGUGUCCCAGCCAAGAAGGCCGCCGAGUGGAACCCAAACAACAUACUUCUAGGAAUUCUCCUGCUGGAAAACCUGUAUGGUUGUAUGAUAAUGGUGACAUGUAUUUGGGUGAGUGGGACGAACAGUCCUUUGAGUUUCCCCUGGAAGAUGGAUUUGGAGUUUACUACAAUUCCCAGCCAAGAAAAUUUAAAGGAUUGAUAUACAUCGGUGGAUGGAAGGAGGGACAUUGCCACGGAAGAGGUGAAACCUUCUGGUUGAAAUCUUCUUAUACUUGGAAAACCAAUCACUUUCCGAAUUCGCCGAUUAAACGGGAAGGUGGUAUUGGUACUGGGAUCCCCUUUUGCUAUUGGGGGUUGUAUGAGAUGGAUGUGAGAUGUGACAAAGAAGCUGUAGUACGUUUGAAGGAUGGAACCACUCGGAGAGGUCCUUGGGAAGAUGGAAAUCCGGUAGGAGAUUGGCAUGAAGACCAUCCUGGUGUGGCUUCGGCUGGAGGAGGUGCUUGUUUGGAUGGUGCUACAGGCGGUGGUGACGACGAGGGUGAUUCCUGUUCCGAUGAAAUUAACAAAGAAAUAUCGACUGCUGCAUCGAAACCCUCUCCAGCAAACAAGCAAGGGAAAAAAUCUGUGCAAGAAGACCCAGACAGUGAUGAAGAAGAUGUCCUGGUACUUCGGGCGAAGAAAGCAGUUGGUAAGCCCGUGGCUACAAAGAAACGCAAGCCACCUCCAAAGAAACGAGCCGCAACCACCAAUCGCACAGCACCAAGAAAGCAGUCAAAAACACCAUCAGAGAAGAAGAAGCAAGAGGAGAGCAGACAAGCAGCAUCCCGUACCCGCAGGGCCCGUCCUCCCCCAGUGCACGCAGCAGGAGCUCCUAAUGUCAGAAAGCCUUCAAGGCGACAAAGCCAGCCUGUUGUAAAGCAGGAAGUAGUCGAUGAGGAAGGUGCCAUUGUGCUUUCUUCUGAUUCAGAGUCAGAGGAGGAGGAUGAUCCUUCUGUAAGGCCUAUCAAGCGAGAGGAAGAAGCGAUCGAUCCCGUGGAAGCCAAUGCAGACAGGAGCCAUCGACUCGGGCAAAUGAGAGACUGGAUUGCACAGAAUGUCAUUGGCAACAAUCUCAGUCUUGCUACUGCUGAUCGCUAUGCUCGGAUGCUAUUCAGCGAAGGCUUUGAAUCUAUAGAGAUGAUCAAGACGUAUCUCAAAGAGAAGCACGUCAGGUCCUAUCGUUGGAUGUCUGCUCUGCACAAGGAAAUUUUCCUAGAUCACAUCAUUGAAGAAUGGGAAUGAACGAAGGAUUGUGCAGGCUACCCAUUGAUUUGACGCCCCCACGCCAUUUGCUUCAGGAAAGGUGUUCGUCAUCGGUUGAUCGAACAUGAGGGGUGACAACAUCUCUUGCUUGUUUCGACAUUACUACAUGAAUACGCUGUUGGCUCAGGUGUUUCUGUAGCACAACCAUAGAACCCCUUAGUUCGGCAAUUUUAUAAGUUAGUUCGACAAGGUAGCGACUACUCGGA